GGAGGGAGAUCCAAGCGGGGCGCGCGCCGCCGCCCGCAGCGGGUGAGUGAAGGGAGGAGGGCGGCUGGCUCCGUCGGCUCCGCUCGGCUCCUCUCGGCCCGGUGCGGCGUUCGUGAGCGGCCGAGCCCGGACACGUGAGAGAGAGAGCCAUGGAGGACUUGCAAGACAACACCACCGUCUUUUCCACCCUGAGAUCCCUCAACAACUUUAUUUCACAGCGUAUGGAGGGGGUGUCUGGGGUGGCUACGCCGAGUUCAUCUCAAAGCUCCUUACAGAUUCAAUACCAGCAGAGAAUGCAGCUGGAAGAGCAAGCUGGGCAGAUCCACUCCAAAUCCCAGCUGCUGCAAGUGGAACGGGAGAAGAUGCAGAUGGAGGUUAUCCACAAACGAGCUCGCAUUGAGCUAGAGAAGGCAGCUAAUACCAAUGCCAGGAACUAUGAGCGAGAAGCUGACCGUAACCAGGAGCUGCUCACACGCAUAAAGCAGUAUCAGGAAAGGGAAACAGAAGCUGAAAAUAAACUGAGAGAACAAAUGGAGAUGAACAAAUCCUACAAGAAGAGCAUGGAGACAAUGAGUAAGAAGCUGCAAGAGAAGGAGAGCAAAUUAGCUGAAGCUAACGAAACAAUCACUGUAUUAAAAGGGAAAAUAUCUGAGCUGCAGUGGAAUAUAAUGAAUCAAGAGAUGCAGAUGACAAGCCAAGACUCUCAGAAGCAGGAACUGAUGGAACAGCUGGAUGUUCAACAGAAAAAAUGGCAAGAGGCCAGUCAGCAAAUCCAGACAUUGCAAGCAAACCAAUCCCUUCUGACAGAAUAUGAGCAGAAGAUUAAGGAUCUGGAGCAGAAGUUCUCCCAGCAGGAACACGAUGCUCUAAUUGUCAAGAACAUGAAAGCAGAGCUGGCCCGUUUCCCAAAAAUGGAGCGGGAAUUGCGCCAGCUCAGGGAGGAAAAUGCCUACUUCAGGGAAAUGAAAGAAAACAAUGGACUGCUUAAAGAGGAGGUAGAAAGUCUCCAAAGGAAGCUGGAACGCUAUGAGAAAGUCCAAGCGCAGCUAGUGGCCGUUGAAUUGGAAAAUGAGAAACUUCUGGGGAGAUUAAAAAGCUGGGAGAAACUGGACCAGAGCACUGGCUUGAAUAUCAGGACACCUGAUGAUCUCUCAAGGCAAAUUGUGGCCCUGCAGCAAAGGGAGCUUGUGCUGAAAGAGCAGAACUCUACCAUCACAAACAGUGCACGAAUACUGGAGAAGGCCCGGCAGCAGCUGCAGGAGGAAAUGCUACGGAUUCAGGGCCAGCUCUUGGAUGAGAAGAAGAAACGUGAGCAGCAUGAAGCGCUGGUCAGGCGGCUGCAGAAACGUGUGCUGCUGCUCACCAAGGAGCGUGACGGGAUGCGCGCGAUCCUGGAGUCGUACGACAGCGAGCUGACCCCCGCGGAGCACUCGCCCCAGCUGAGCCGGCGCAUGCGCGAGGCCGAGGAGAUGGUGCAGAAGCUGCAUGCUCAUAACGCUGAGCUGGAGGCUCAGCUGUCACAAGUUCUGGAAGAAGUGGGGAAUCACAAGCAAAGAGCAGAGAUGCUGGAGGUGGAGGUGAAGGCCCUGAAGUCUCAAGAGUGCACAGCCGAGCAAAGUACCAUCAUCACCAAGGAGGAGGUCGACACACUCAGGCUGAAAAUUGAGGAGCUGGAAGCUGAACGCAGUAAGCUGGAAGAGGAGAACAGAUCUCUGGAAAUGAAACUGGAGAAGCUAACUCUGCAGGGUGACUAUGACCCCAGCAGAACCAAAGUUCUCCAUUUCAGCAUGAACCCAGCGAGCCUGGCCAAGCAGCAGCGCAAGGAGGAACAGCAGAACCUCCAGGAGGAGUGCGAAAGGCUGAGGGAGAUGCUGAGGGUGGUUGAAGGAGGUGGCUCCAUCCCUGGGAGCCUGGAAGGAGUUGGAAGUUUUCAGUCACCACAAGAAAUUGCAGAGCUGAAGAAGCAAGUGGAAAGUGCAGAGCUGAAAAACCAGCGUCUGAAAGAAGUUUUCCAGACCAAGAUCCAGGAGUUUCGCAAGGUGUGCUACUCACUGACCGGCUACCAGAUCGACAUCACCACCGAGAACCAGUAUCGGCUCACCUCCAUCUACGCCGAGCACCAGGGGGACUGCCUGCUUUUUAAGGCCUCUGGAUCCUCCGGUGGGAAAAUGCAGCUUCUGGAAAACGAGUUCUCGCGAACCAUCCGGGAGCUGAUCGAGCUCCACCUGCUGCGCCAGGACAGCAUCCCAGCCUUCCUCAGCGCCCUCACCCUCGACCUCUUCAGCCGCCAGACCAUGGCUUAGCGUCCCACUGCCAGCCUCCAGGCAGGGGUGGAGCACUCCUGGGCAGGACAUUUGAGGUAGUGAGGACAAAUUUUCCCUUCCUGCCCUUAAUUUGUAAUAUUGGGUUGCUUCUGGUUUGCAGGGAACUCCUUCUUCUCCCCUCAUUCAUGCUGAUUCCCAAACCAUGCCAAUUCCUCUGGCAAGCAUAGUUUUCCUCCUGUGGGAGGGCAAGUCCAGCUCCAUCCCUGGGCUUUCCUGUGCCAAGACCCUAGUCCCAGCCUUUGAACUGAGAAAUGUGUUCAUCGUGGCCCAGCAUGUCUCUGGGAAUAUGGUAGCAACUGCUGGUUUGAGGAUCCACAGAAUCACCAACCAUAGCUUUUCCCAUAAGGAUCCCCCAGGUCUGUCCCCUAGCAGAGACAAGACAUGCAGGAGGCUGGUGCUUCCUGCUCCUCUGCCUGUCCUCUCCUAAUGGGAGCCAAGGGCUUGGUCCCUGAGGACAGGGACCUGGAGAAGGACCAGUCACGAGCAGCAGGCUCUUUGUCAGCACCUCCUGUUCUUGCAUACAGCUCAUCACUCAGCAGGGUUGAAAUUAUUGUCAAGUUACCCAGUUACUAUCACUCAGCAGACAAGCACAAACAUAAAUGGCCAUGUGAAGACUCUAUACCUGUGUUGACAUCUCCAUGUCAUCUGGUGUGCUCAGAUGCCACUGCCAUGCUUUUUGUUCCUCACUGAGACUAUUGGGCUCUUGGUUUUCUCAGGACUGUGGAAGUGGGGGAGGGAGUUCACUGCUGUUGGCUUUAGACUGCUGCCUGCCACCAGGCUGUGGGUACCUGCUCACCUUGUUGGGGAUCUCCCUCCUGUUCUCUUCCAGGGAGGGUGGAACACCCCCUGAAGGCUGACAUUUUAUGUUACAAUGGAUAUAGCUCUUUUAUCAUUAGAAUAAAGUGUUGCUUCCCAAACUGGAUGUAUGGCCC